GGCAGAGAGAGAGAGGGAAAGCAGAGGGACUGAGAUGGGAAGGCAGAAUAGAGGUACAGGGCUAUGAUGAAAGAGUGCAGUUGGAGGCUAAUCUCCAGGAUUUCUUUUUCCCAGCAACUACCCCCCACUUCACACACACACAUUUUGAUCUUCAGAUCUGGAUUUUACCCCUGUGGCUCAAUCCGAGAACAGCACGAGCAACACUCGGGAAAGAGGGAGAGGAAGGGAGUGUAAGGGAGAGAGAGAGGAAGAGCGUGAGACUGAGCGAGAGGAAGGGAGUGUACGCGAGAGAAAGAGAGCGAGCUCCAGAGUGUGAGCAGGACGUUCCAGCCUGCCUGUGUGAGUGGGGCUCUGGGUAAAACCAUUAGAGAUGCAGGUUUAAUUUGAUUGGGUGGGAUAGGGAGAGGAACUGAGAGAGCGCACUGCUCCGUUCUCCUCCACUGCACUCCUGUGAUCUAUCAUUCCUCUCUUCCUCCUCAUCGAGGGGGUGAAAACCCCAGGUUCGUCCGUCGCCAUGGGAGACCGAGGCACCCGAGUCUUUAAAAAAGCAAGCCCAAAUGGAAAGCUCACUGUGUACCUGGGGAAGAGGGACUUUGUCGACCACGUGGACAUCGUAGAGCCAGUCGAUGGUGUGGUUCUGAUCGAUCCCGAGUACUUGAAAGAAAGAAAAGUUUUUGUGUCGCUGACCUGUGCCUUCCGCUAUGGCAGAGAAGACCUGGAUGUCCUGGGAUUGACGUUUCGAAAGGACCUCUUCGUAGCCAACAUCCAGGCCUUCCCACCUGUGCCUGAAGAAAAGAAACCCUUAACCCGUCUUCAAGAGCGCCUGAUUAAAAAGCUUGGGGAACAUGCUUAUCCUUUUACUUUUGAGAUUCCACCCAAUCUUCCAUGCUCAGUUACUCUUCAGCCUGGACCAGAGGACACGGGAAAGGCAUGUGGUGUGGACUUCGAAGUUAAAGCUUUCUGUGCUGAAAAUGUUGAAGAGAAAAUUCACAAGAGGAAUUCUGUGCGUCUGGUCAUCAGGAAGGUCCAGUACGCACCGGAGAAGCCGGGCCCACAGCCCAUGGCUGAGACCACCCGGCAGUUCCUCAUGUCCGACAAGUCCCUGCACCUGGAGGCGUCUCUGGAUAAAGAGAUUUACUACCAUGGGGAACCAAUCAAUGUGAAUGUUCAUGUCACGAACAACACAAAUAAGACCGUGAAGAAAAUGAAAAUCUCAGUGCGGCAGUACGCCGAUAUUUGCCUGUUUAACACCGCGCAGUACAAGUGCCCGGUGGCCACAGAGGAGUCAGAUGAUAUAGUAGCUCCAAGUUCCACGUUUUGCAAGGUGUACACUCUCACGCCUUUCCUGGCCAGCAACCGGGAGAAACGGGGCUUAGCCUUAGACGGCAAGCUCAAGCACGAGGACACAAAUCUGGCCUCUAGUUCACUGUUAAGAGAAGGAGCCAGUAAAGAGAUCUUGGGCAUCAUUGUGUCGUACAAGGUGAAGGUGAAGCUGGUAGUGUCUCGAGGCGGACUCUUGGGAGAUCUUGCAUCAAGUGAUGUUGCAGUGGAACUUCCUUUUACGUUAAUGCACCCUAAACCAAUUGAGGAAUUGUUCUAUAGAGAUGCUCCAGACACUGAAGAACCGAUAGACACAAACUUGAUUGAGUUUGAGACGCAUGAUGAUGACAUCAUCUUCGAAGACUUUGCGAGGCAGAGACUCAUAGGGGCGCAGGACGAGAAAGAGGAGGAUGAAGGCACGGAUUUGCCCCGGCUGACCGACAGAUAAGGUCCGGGACGCGGUUUUCCGUUUCUGCGUGUUUCUGUGGCGCAAACGCAGACCUGCUGUACACAGGCAAGAGCCUGGGAGGUCUUCACCAUGACGCACCAUCGCCCCUUCCAGUUCACAUUCUCGUCUUUUUCCAUCGCAGGACGACAAGAAAGUUUGAGCGAGUCAAACCACAUGAGGUGGAAAUAGAAUAUUUUAAGUGUGGAGGAAUUCUGCUCAGUGACUCAGGACGUUUGCUGGGGGAAGAUACAGGAUUUAAUCAGGCCUCCUUUCAUAUUCCGAUUCAAGUAGUAGCAUGCCGUCAAUAUUGCGCUGAACACAAAUGCGCCCGGUUAGGACUGAUCCAAAAACGAAAUGAAAAAGGACCGUGACAUAUACACCACAGAAGUCUUUGAAACUGUGGAACCAAAAACGUUUGGAAAUAAUGUCAAAGUUAGUCCAGUUGUCCUUGUUUUUAUAACAGCCUAUGAAUGCCACCCACUGUACAGUGUGAAAAAGCCGGUACAAAUUAGCAUACCAUCAAGUCUGAUUGCUUGGGAAAUUUUCAGCUUUGAGGUGUUCAGAUUCCAGAGGAAUAUAUUUUCUUUCUAGGAGAACAGAUUUUUCUAGUGUUUUAUAGUGAUGGGUCUGGCCAAUUUAAUUGUUUUAAAAACAUAAAGAUAAUAGGCACACACACACACCCACAUACACACAUGCAUCUUUUACACAGUAUUUACUUGUUUGUUUUUCAACUUCUCCUACAAGACACUUGCAGCCCUUUGAGUGCAGGAUGUGGGGUUUCCAUGGCAGAAAUUGGCUGCUUCAUUAUGGAGCCAUUCUGAGUCGAACGGCACCGGUUUGUGACUGAGAAGACAGGAAUGAACCCUCACUUGAAGCACAAGUCGACACAACUCACACAAGCUCACUUUUAUUUCAAAGGGGAAAAUAAGAUGCCAUGUUUUAUUUUGCAUGAGAUGUUAAUAUCUGUAUAUAAUCUAGUGUGAAUGAUACACAAUCAAUAAUUGAACAAUUGGGAGACAGCAGCUGCUUUGUCAAUUUGCAUCAUUCUUCAUAAUAAUUUAUAGCAUGAUAACCUAUAUUGUUACACAACCAAUAACUAUUUCUAUUACUACUUGAUGUACAUUUUAAUCUCCAGAUAUGCAGGCAUAUUGACUGUAGAAUCCAGUCUGUGCCAACUCUGCAGGGCCAUGCCAAACUUUCUCUUAAUUUACACGCACAGGUUUUUUUUCCCCCGUUUAAGUUGUUGAUGUAUUCACAUGGGAGGCUUGAGUGGAGAAAUAUCCAGUGGCAAAUGGCAAUGUCAGCCCGUAAGGUUUAUGAUCAUUAUGAAUAAGCAUCAAUUUCAAAGUCACUGCUAUACUGUACAUAUUAUCAUUUAAUGGUGAAGAGUGAAGACUAAUGGCCAAGUGUACAUUUUAAAGAGAUCGUUUACUUUCUGAGGUUUUUGAUACCAGUACUUUUCAUGAACGUUUUUGAUUAGCGCAGACAGUUUGUGGUGUAUUGAAGGAUAUUUGAGACAUUUCUGAAGUUUCCCAGCUUUUCUUUAGCUGAAAUAAUACGGAAUACAUUAUGUAUACUGUACAUGUGGAUAUUACCUGAUUACCUGAAAGAAGUAUUGGAUUAUAUAUAAACACCAUGAAAUUAUUGUCACCCAGUCUCUGGAAACAUCAUGUACAAACUGCAUAGGAGUUACUGUACUUGAAGUGUAUUUUCUUGGUUUUGGUCAUGAACCCCUGAAUGCUCCUAAUCAAGGCAGAUCAUCAGAAUCUUCUGUAAAUAUGAUAUCUAGAACAUCCUUUAUUGCGCACAAAACUGUCUAGGACAAUCACAAACAUUUCUAUUAACCGAAUGGAUAUUUUUUUAAAAAACCUCAAGAAAGUGAUCUGUCCAUUUUAUAAUUUAAAAUAUUUUGUGGAUAUUUAAUAAAUCUAAUGGUUUGGUGUUUUGAA